UUCGCUCACGGACAGGACAGAAAGGACCGACAGGACCGAUAGAUCACAUACUGUCUGUUCUCCAACUAGAGAGAGAGCGUAGGAAACCGAGAGAGAGGAACAAGUGAAAGAAAGAGAAUAAAGAGGGGGAGGAGAGCGAGAGAAGAAUAAGCGCUGGUGGGAGCGAGGGGAGAGAAAGUGAGAGUGACCAUGACUACCACCGUGGCAGUCUCUGCAACCCCUCCUGUCCUCUCACCCGACCCAGGAGAACCUUCCUCUGGGGGACUAUUCUGCUCCGACCCGUUUUACACCCCCACAACCACCAGCCCUCAUCAAGACUCCCCAUCCCUGCGGCUCACCACCUUGGGACUCCUCAACCCCUUCCUAUCGGGCUCAGGACUCCCAUCCUGCGCCUUGGGAUUCAACAACACUCCGGUGUCUGGAGAUCGAGUCAUUUCCACCACCACUGCGACCACAACCAGUGAGAGCAGAAUGGUGGAUGUACACGGAAUAAAAGUUGCCUCUUUCAGCGUCGGAGGACAGGACGAGUUGAUUUGUCUACCCCAAGUUUUCGAUCUCUUCCUAAAACACCUCGUCGGCGGGCUUCAUACCGUUUACACCAAGCUGAAACGCCUGGAUAUAUGUCCGGUUGUGUGUACGGUGGAGCAGGUACGUGUCCUGCGAGGACUCGGCGCUAUUCAACCGGGAGUAAACCGCUGUAAACUAAUCUCCAGGCGAGACUUCGAGGCACUCUACAAUGACUGCACCAAUACAAGGUUGGUUGAAAUAAGUUUUAUCUUUUGACAUUUCUUUUGACUUUCGAAAUCUUCCAUUGUCUUUUUGUAAAACCAUUCGUAAAUGUCAUGCGACCAUGCGUUCAAUAUCAAUAGGCUAUUUCAGCAUCUUCUUUACAGUGAAUGAUCAAUAAGACAGCUUUUCACUUCGUAAAAUGUGGGUCCCAUACAAUAUCAGAUUCCCCUUCCUCUCUCGCUCUCUCAAUUCAAUUCAAUUCAAUUCAAUUUGCUUUAUUGGCAUGACGUAACAAUGUACAUAUUGCCAAAGCUUAUUUACAAUUUAUCUCUCUCUCUCUGCAAAACUUCAGUUCGUGAAAUAGGCAGUAGACUAUGUGGUGUAAUUAGUUUUGUUCGAAGCUCGAACAUGUAACCAAAUUCACAAAGAAAUAUAGUUAUAGAUAUGUAACUGUCGUUGAAAGCAAGGUCAAUAAGAGGUAGAUCGCUUCUAUGUUCGCUAUUUCUUUGAUUACCCUACGUUUCGUAUUUGUCAUUUUUUUUCGGGUUUUGUAAACUAGCUGAAGAUACAAUAUUUUUGUUUAUGGAAAAUACACUAUAUAUACAAAAGUAUGUACCCCUUCAAAUUAGUCUAUUUGGCUAUUUCAACCACACCCGUUGCUGACAGGGGUAUAAAAUCAAUAUUUUGGUAUUUGUUUCAUUAGUCCAUUGUUGACAUAUUCCCGAAAUGUUUAGCAUGUCAGCCAUCAAGUUUUCAAGAUAUGUAACUUUCAAUAAACAGAAAUCUGGCUAUAUGAUUCAUUCCCCCAAAUAAGUCACUUCUCAUAUAACCCAACACACAGCAAAGCAGAGUCUGAUAUUUCUGAAAUCUGAGCAUCAAAUGUUGAUACACACCACACCAUUGUUCGGUGUCCAGUAUGAAGUUUAAAGUUUCGUGAGCCAAUGCUAACUAGCGUAACGCUAGUAGAUACCAAUAGACUUCCAGUCAUUGCGCUAACGCUAGUUAGCUACUGCGCUAGCCAGUGUUGUGUUCAAGACCACUUAAAGCGAGACCGAUUGAAAACAACGACCAGAGCAAAUCGAGUCUGAGUCAAGACCAGAGGGGAGGUGAGACAGAGUCAAGACCAGAGGGGAGGUGAGACAGA